AUGGCUACAGCAAUCCUCCCGUCGUCCUCCAAGCUCAGCGUGUCCUUCUCUAAUCCCUUCCAGAUGGUGUCGCACAAGCAUUCUGAUAUCAUUGUCCAUCCUGCUGCAUCUGCGUCGUCGUCUCGGCUCGCGUCAACUCCCGAGGUCGCGGAAGCUCAGCCGAGGACGUUCAAACGACUACGGUCUACUCUUGAGCAGAGUCUGCGUACUGCUACGAAGUCCAAAGGCAAGUUCGCUGCGUCUGUGGAUGAGGUGGGUGAGGUUGCGCAGAACGACGGGAAGGGCAAAGAGAGGGCAUUGGAGGAAACUAUUCCCAAGGGUAAACCCAGGUCGAGAAUGCUAUCUAAGGUUUCAUUUCGUCGGCCAGGCGGUAAGGACAUUAACUCCCCACUGCCUCCUGUUGCAGGCCAACGGAAGGACGGGGAAAGAGUAGAGAGAGACAGAGAAAAGACCAAUACGCGUGUUGUGGAGAAUACGGGCUUUUCUCCACCUUCUUUACGGCAAGCAUCCAUGUCUUCCCCAACCCUUCACCUAGCAUCGCAGCCUUUUCCUUCACCCUAUGUGCAGCCUUUUGCUCUGCCAGCUUCUUCAUCUUCGAACGUCUCUGCACUCGUCUCACCACCCAGGGAGCGACCCAGAAAGCCGGAUGUGCAAUUCACCGUCAGUCCGAAGGACAUUAGCGGUCCCAUACCCCUUACACCUAAACAUGAUAUCCGAUCCAACGGUGUCCUAGCUUCACCAUCAUCUCACAUUAAGACAAAACCCCCACCAUUGGUCCUCUCCAAAUCUCCUGCUGGACGCGGUUCGCAAUCUCCUGGACUUCCGGAGACACCUACAAGGAGACCGCGAGACGGAACAAGGUCCCCAGACCCAUCGCCACCAUCUCCAUCUCCACGAGGGCUGUCUACAACGUCCAAGCGAGCUGCAGCGAGCAACAGUCAUCUUCCCCUGAGCAGUCCUCCGAGUUCACCUACCACUCCACGCCCUACAAGCCCCCUCCGCGCGCGUUCUUCGUCUCGAACCCCGACUCAUCGCGCGGGCCCUUCGGCAUCAUCGUCACACGUGCCUCUCGGAUCAUCAUCAUCAUCCAGUCGACGGCCUUCCAUAGCCCGGCAACGCUCUUCAUUAGAUCAACAACGACCCUCCGCUGAAUUACGUCGGCCGUCGUUUGAUCAGAAGCGCUCAUCCUUGGAUCAGCCACGACAGGGAACGCUAACUCCUUCCCCUCCAUCUAGGGCAGCUUCUCCCGCCUCUCCAGUUCGUCUGCGUGCAGUGUCUCCUACUCAACGUAAUUAUUCUCCGAACUACUACCAAAAUCGCUUCUUUAAUGUUUCCACUGCGUCUCUUGCCACCAUCACCAAUUCCGAGUACCGGGAGCUCGUUCGUUCGGCGUCUUCUUUAUUAUGCAAAGAGAUGCUGAAGCCACCCUCGCAAUUGGAUAAGUCCUCCCUUAGCGCAAGAGAGUCUGAGGAGGUGGAGUUUCGGAUGCGCGCUUUAGCGCGUUUAGAGCGUGUUUGGGGGCGGAGCGCUUCCGGUAUGGGAAGCUCGACACAGUUGAGUUCCGGUGGUUUGAGUUCCGGCGGAAUCAGCGCAGGGGGAGAGGAAAGAGAGCGGAAAUUAUUCUGUGAGGCUGUGAGAGAUGGUUAUGUCCUUUGCCAAUUCGUAAACAAGCUGUUCCCCGGCACCAUUUCUCGCAUCGAUACACGCGAAGACGGGUUCGUACGCACGUCAAACGUGACCAAAUUUCUCGCAGCUUGUUCUUCAGUCGGCCUUCAUUCUGAGGAGCUGUUCAACCGAGACGACCUAAUAGAGGCAACAGCCGAAUCACUUACUCGCGUGGCCAGAACUAUUCUCUCCUUGCACAAGUUAACCUACUGUCCCCCGGCUGACAAGUUGAAGUACAUCCAGGGUGGAAGCGGUGAGCAAGCACAACGCGCCAAGGGUCCGUACGGCUUAGCGUCAGGGUCGCGAGGUGCUGCCUCGACGCCCGACCUCUAUCUGUCGCGUAUGCAACGCUCGACAUCUCCUACAUCUCUCACCUCGCCCCAGUCGCCAGGAGGGCGCAAGAGGUGGAGUCCCCCCCAACCCUUACCUACUGUUCGCUCAGACAGCCCGAACGAGGACAAGUCCGCUGGCUCCAGUGAUGGCAGAACCGUUAAUAAUGGUGAUGCCCUACAUGGACAGAGAGAUCGCGACGACGUUCCUCCCAUGAGCCCUCCGCCGCGUUCUCCGCUGCGCAUCCGAACCAGCAUGGAGCGCAGUUCCAUAGCUGAUUCUACUCGUGCUUCCCUUGGCGAGUCUCUACACAGUGCCCUGACUGAGUCGUACACAUCAUCGGCCAUGCGGCAGUCACAGGCAUCGAGUACGAUGACGGACUCGACGAUGUUCUCGAGCUUGCUGGAUGUUCGCAGAACAAGUAGCGGAGGGAACAAGUUUGGAACUAUUCGCACCAUGACGACAGAGGCAACCUCCCUCGAUCCCGGGGACGCGGAAGAUAGUGUGGUUGCAGUGUCGCCUACUGAGUCACUGACCUUCAAACGGAUAGCAGAGGUUCCCCCAAGACCUUUGCGCGAACGCCGUCCCAGCGAAACGACUAUGAUCGACUUGUCCAGGGUCAUAGAAGAAACUGAGGAGAGCUCUACUAGUGCUAAGGGAGAAUCCAAGUUGGACAAGACCAACGAUUGCAAAUCCGCCCAGGCGAAGGAGAGACAGCAGAAGGUUUCUGCUAUCAAGCUAGGCAAAGGAAAGUGGCCAGACGACUUUUUAGAUGCAUUCCAGUCACCUCCGAACAACUCGGCUCUGCUGGAUGAAGAAGACUUGUUCGGCACGCCUUCGCAUCCGCCUGUUGCUGCUCCUUCUCCUCGGAAGCUUGCUGUUGUUGGAGCUCCAAGACCCGAGUCCACUGUUGAUCCUCUACCUCAAUUCCCCAGGAGGCCUACGCACCGUGCUCGGCACAGCGUAGAUACUGCUGGACUUCCUCCGAGAGAUGCGUUGCUCCCCCGUGAUUCCAGUCCCGAUACUAGCUCCUCUCCGUCUCCGAGGCUGGUAUUGAGACGGAGCAGCACUAAGACUGGUAUGCACCGCAAUGGCGUCUACAUCCCUCGUAACGAUUCUGGUUCACGCGAUAGCGAGAACCGUGUCCCAUUCCCAAGGUCUAUCUCUGCUGAGCAGUCAACUCCUCCAUUGGGAGACCCCCUGGAUGUCCAUUUCCCCGCGGCAGCCUCUGGUGCUUCAACUCCAGAUUCGGUCAUCCAUCAGAAUAAGCCGCGCCAACUCCGAGGACGAUUCCAGAGUGAAAUUGAUGGUGCUAGCUCGCGCAGGAAACCUCGUCCGAACUCCUACGAUGAGCUUGGUGCGAAGCCCCGGAGGUCAAGGUUCGAAAGUAUGGUCAACUUGGGUGUGGCAACUGGCAAUGCUAGUGCAAGCGACCUGAUGAUCAGGGAUUCCUAUGAUGGUAGUGCAGUGCGACAGACGUUGAUUGUGCGUGAAGAUGGCAAACCGUCUACACAAUUCCAACUUGGUAAUUGCAUAGGGCGUGGGCAGUUUGGGGCUGUUUAUCGAGCACUGAACCUCAAUACCGGUCAGAUGGUUGCUGUCAAGCGUAUUCGACUUGAAGGGCUGAAGGAGGAAGAGAUUGCGCAAUUGAUGCGGGAGGUUGACCUGGUCAAGAGUCUUUCCCAUCCGAGCAUUGUCAAAUACGAGGGUAUGGCGAGGGAUGAUGACGUCCUCAGUAUCGUCCUAGAGCUGGCGGAGAAUGGUUCACUUGGACAGACUCUGAAGGCGUUUGGGAAGCUGAACGAGCGUCUAGUUGCUAGCUAUGUGGUAAAAAUCCUGGAAGGACUUCACUAUCUCCAUCAGAGCGACGUCGUGCACUGCGAUUUGAAGGCAGCCAACAUCCUCACGACGAAGAACGGGAACGUCAAACUCUCGGACUUUGGCGUCUCCCUCAACUUACGAGCCAUGGAGCGUGAGAUGAAAGACAUCGCGGGCACGCCGAAUUGGAUGGCACCUGAAGUCAUCGAGCUCAAAGGUGCAUCGACGAAAUCUGACAUUUGGUCGUUAGGGUGCACUGUCAUCGAACUAUUGACCGGGCGACCUCCUUAUGCGGAAAUUGCCAAUGGCAUGUCGGUGAUGUUUCGCAUCGUUGAAGAUGCUAUGCCGCCACUUCCAGAAGGGUCUUCCGAGAGUUUACAGGACUUCCUCAAACAAUGUUUCAACAAGGAACCCACGAAGCGACCGAGCGCCGAAUUGCUCUGUGAACAUGAGUGGCUGAAGCAUAACUGGGCCGUUCCUAAGGACUUGCGGCCGCAAGAUAGCAUUCCCUUUUUGCGGCGUGUUAGCACUGAGUUCCAGAAAUCAGAGGCGAUUCGCUAUUUAGCGAACAUCGAGAUGCCGGACCCGGACAGGUCGCCGACUGACCAACUCUCACGAUUGAAUGAACGGUUGAGUCGCUCCCCCACCAGGCGCCGCUUGUCUAACGAUAUCGAGCCUGUAUCCCCCCGAGAACAUUCCUUUGUGCCCACAACCUUCGGAAAGCCCGUCAUCUGUAGAGUCUGCCAGCAGAGCGUGAAGAAGAGUGCGGUCCUCUGCGAGCAAUGCAGCCUUAUUGCUCAUGUCAAGUGCGCAGGAAGCGCGCCUCCUACAUGCGACCUCCGCACCCAGUUGCUGUUAUACGCGCAGUAUGCCGAGAUUGGCAACGCCGGCAACCCAUAUGAUCCUGCAGACCUUUUGGAGGCCAUACAGACGAGUUAUCCUGCAAGUCCAGGGUCGGAAAACAGCGCUACACCGAGGACUAGUAUCGACACCCCUCUGUCGACAUCGCCCCCUCAAGGAUCGCCCAUCCAUCCUCCGAGUGCCUUCAAAGUCCUGAAUGCAUUCAAACGUUCACGAUCGUCUUUAACUGUGGAUCAGACGAGAACUUCCCCUGCACCUUCUCCUGUGCCGCGUGCGUCGACAAGCAAUAGAACUGUCACCCACAAACUUUCUGUUUUGAAGCGAAAGACGGAAGGGAAAGAACGCCCUAUAUCCAUCUCAAGCUCUAGCACGUCCCCAAAUUCUUCGAGUCUGCGGAGCACUGGGACAGCAAUGGAGACCUCGAGUCGACGGGAUACUCCGCCCAGGUCGACGCUUUCGAUUGUGGAAGCGGAAACUCGGAGUGCGGCCGACAAGGCAGAGUCGCGGUUAUCCAGGAUGACCUCGUACUCCGUCGUGUCCGCGACGGGUACGGAACGCGAAGACCGGAGGUCGCUCGCCGUCUCUGAGGACGUGCGGAAAGGCAAGAAGAAUGGCUGCGUUGUACAAUAG